AUGUCGGCAAUGGAUGUAUUCUGGGCAGCUCCGCCCAUUUCAAGGACUUUGGCUGCCGGUGCCUUGACUCUUUCAGUUUUAGUCUACUCUCAUAUUCUUGCUGGGUAUCAUGUCGUAUUUUUGCUACAGAACAUAUUUCAAUUCCCGCCACAAUUAUGGCGACUUCUCACUCCGUUUCUCAUCACUGGCCCAGAUUUGGGUAUUCUCUUCGACACAUACUUUCUAUACACUUAUGGAAGCAAGCUUGAAACAGCUUCGCCUAGAUUCUCUCAACCAGGAGAUUUCUUGACAUAUGUAUUGUUUGUUUGUGCGACGAUAUUGGGAUUGAAUGUGUUCAUAACUGGCGGAGUGAUCUUCACUUCAGCAUUGGUAUUAGCUUUCGCAUACACAUCGACACAAGAUGAUCGUGGCAUGAAAGCUACCUUUUUCGUCGUUACUAUUCCAGCACCAUGGAUUCCAUAUGCCAUGCUUCUUAUGACUCUUGUGAUGGGUGGUGCUGGUCCAGCCAAAAUUCAAGCAACGGGAUUGGUUGCCGCACAUUUACAUGACUUCUUGACAAGACUUUGGCCUACUUUCGGUGGUGGAAGAAAUCUUGUUCCAACCCCUGGCUUCAUUAGAAGAGCUUUUGAAACAACUCAAACUACCACUACUCAAAGAGUUUAUGGUACUGCUGUCGCACCAGCACAACGAUCUCCAAAUACGGCCUCUACUUCUGGUUCAUCUGGAAGUGUUCUACCUGAAUCAUGGAAAAGUCGUGGAUCAGGACAUAGAUUAGGAGGAGAUUGA